UAGAAUGAAUGCUUACAGUAGUUAUUGUUUGAAAUACAAUUUGUCGUUUUUAGUACUUUAUAUUUUUUGUCUAACAUUUGUGGCAUAUGUCCCCACUAGUGGAGUGCAUGGAUUAUAUGAGGAGGAAAUAUGUUUUGAAAUCCCACAAUGGCACCAGAAACCGGUGGAAGUUGAUCAGCAUCUUGAUAGAAUUAAGAGUGAAUUCGGUAACACCAGCAUUGAGAGGCGAUGGAUAGAAAGACCUAGAUUGGCUUUUAUUAACAGUGAAGUUAACAAAUACGUAGACGUGGUGAUAAUACCAUUUUUGGACACAUACCAUAGGAACAUUCAGAACUCAUUUCACCAGUUGAGCAACAAAAUUCUGCAGAAAUGUAAGGAGGAAAUCAAUGCAGCUAUUACGACCAAACUGAAUGUAUACGACGACUUGACGCACGUAGCCGACAGCCUCAAUCUACCCGCCAGCUGCGACGAAGAACGUCGUGCUAUCCGAACACUAUCUAGCAAGCAUGUGGCCCUGAUACACCAGUGUACGGAGCAGGCGAGGAAGUCCAUCUCCAAGAUGGGGAAGUACGCUGAGGAGACCAUCAGCCUCACCAGCAGCCACAUGGAGACAGCACUGGCUAAUGCUGCGAAAGACUUUCAUGCUAAUCACUCACAAAAUAUAAACGUGACGGAGUGCCUAAAGGAGUUGUCCCGGGCCGCGGUAACGCUUGGCUACGAGCUGGACCUGAGUUUGACAAACGCGCGUCGCCACAACGAACAGUCGUGCGAGAAACUGUCGCUGUGUACAAACCGCGCCAAGAAGAGCACGGAAGAGGAGGUACAGAAGCUCCGGGAGUAUUUGUACCAGUGUGUGUACGCGUAGUAGACAAAAAGGUUUUAAGCGAUUGCAUAGUUUUUAUCAUAGGCUUUGAGAGCGGCGACUAAAUCAAGAAAUUCCGUAACGAC